CUUAGACAUUUUUUAGGAUGGGUUUGUGUUGUACGUUGUUUGCUGUGGCUCCAGGAAGCUGCAUGCUCGCAUAUCACAUCCGAUUCUUAGCAUGAACAAAACUGAGCUUUGAAACCGUUUGAGCUGUUUGGGCCUGUUUGGGCGUCCCGGGUGGCCAUGGGUCAAAUUUGCCAAAGACGUGCUGCGCCGGAGGUGGCUGCUCCAAAAGUGACCUUAGUGCCUAAGAAGCAUGAUCCCAAGCGCUAUGGAUCGGAUUAUUCUAGGUUUGACCAUAUCGAGGAUUCUGAUGAAGAGGUGGACACGAAAGUUGAAGAAGAGGUUCCGUAUCCUGAAGAACCAGAGCCACAGAACCCCAGUGAUGACCAGAGGAAAGAGCUGAAGGAGAAAUUCAUGAAAAUCAGCCGGAAGAUGGUCCGAGACACUUCGGGAAGGUUUCGAGACGAAGAAAAACCGAAAGCAGCUAGGCUGCCCAAAGAUCACCAGAGGCCCGUUGGCACAAUUUCGCUACAGGAAUUGGCAAAGUACUCUUGUAGCAAUGAUCGCAUGCUACUGUCCUGCUACGGCGAUAUUUUUGAUGUGUCUUCCCGCCCAGAUUUGUAUGGCUGGGGGCCUAAAUCGUGGCAAUCAGGCAAAGAUAUCACCUGGUCUGCCGUCACUGGCAAUGAGAAGCCAGAUCAAUGCAAUCGAUUUUACGAUGUGUUCAAACUAGAUCCUGAUCGCAUCAGCCGAUACCUCACCUUGAUUUGCAACCGCCUGGUUGCCUUACAGGAUGAAUUUGGCAAGCCAGUUGGCCGGCUCGACAGAUUUCUAAAUGAAAGACAUCUUCCAGCCGCCCCUCAAUCGGAAGUGGAAGAAUGCAAACAACAGUGAGCUUGCAAUGCAAGAGAGCGGGAAGAACAGAAUUGGCCGCAAAAGGUGGCCAGCAGUGAAAGUGAG